AUGCAUCUGAAAAGCUACUGCCUCCUGCUGGGCGUCUCCUCCUCCGCCGCCCUGGCCCAGCAGCACCCCCUCUCUCCCAACGGCCGCAAAGCCGGCGCCGCGGGCGACACCGCCCUGUCCUUCUGGAAAGACCACCUCAGCUGGUGGCACGACUGGACGCCCAGCCCGUCGUCCCCCAAGGGCGCCGGCCUCGUCCCCGUCUCGAUGCUCUGGGGCGGCGGCAACAACGGGCCGCUCGACGCCCAGCGCCUCCAGCAAUUCGAGCAGCUCACCGCCACGCCCGACUACGUCAUGGGCUUCAACGAGCCCGACUGCUCCGGCGCGGACGUCUCCGCCGACAUUGACGUGAGCCGCGGCGUCGACCUCUGGAACAGCCUCAUCGCGCCCAUGGGCGACAAGGGCGCCGUGCUGGGCAGCCCGGCCAUGUGCCGCCAAAAGGACGAGUCCUGGCUCAAGCAGUUCAGCCAGCAGCCGCUGAACCGGAGCUGGGACUUUACCGCGAUCCACAUCUUCAAGCCGGACAUGGCGGGCGUGCAGGCGGACAUUGACUAUUACUGGAACACGUACCAGAAGCCGCUGUGGGUGACGGAGUUUGCGUGCGUGUUUGACCAGAACAACUUCACGCCGUGCUCGGACCAGGGGCAGAUUGAUCAGUGGAUUAGCGAUGUGGUGGAUUUGUUCGAGGCGAAUGAGCAUGUGCUUGCGUAUGCGUACACGGAUGGGCUGGGGCUGGGGACGGCGUGGCCGCCUGUGAAGAGCGAUGGGAGUCUUUCGGAGUCGGGGCAGGCGUACUUGAAUGCGAUUAGCAAGUAUUACUGA